AUGAUGAUUGUCUCUGUAAGAGUGCAAUUAGGACCGUGUGUUGCGAAUUGGUGGGCAAGUUGGACUUGCCGGGGUGUAUAAAGGAUAUGGUGGUGAGGCGAAUGCGGGUGGUGUGGGUCAAGAACCGGAGUGUUGGGGAUGUUUUGUUCAACUUUCGAUCUGCGUCCAGGCAGCUAAAGUUGUCGUGUCAAUGUGCUGAGGCUGAUGAGGUUUUUCUGCGUGUAAAGGGGCACGUCUGCUUUCGUAUGGCUGAGGUUGACUUCGUUCCGACUGCUCUGAAAAACUCUCGCAAUAUCCCCAGUUCGUCACAUGUCACCUCUCGACGCAACUUGGUGAGGCAGGUGAUUACUUCGUUUGGCCUGUCUAGCCUGUUACCUACCCUGCAUGAGGACGCUUUUGAUAAAGGCACGAUUGACUGCUGCUUCAACAAGACGGUGAGGAGGGACGGCCUGUUCUCGUGGAGUAUCGAUACGGUGUUGGGAUGGAGGGAAAAGUUUGGGGAGUUGGUGAAAUGUCCUAUCGAUCACAAUGCUGGUGAUUCCCUUGUCUGUUGUCCUGUGAUCUAUCAGAGUGGUAUGAACAAGUUGUUCUUGCGUAACCCAGGCUUCGUGAUACGAGAAGAUGAGGAUGAGGUGAUUUGUGGGUGUGCUUUAAGAUACAAGGAGGGGAAGUUUGAUCGGCUGGGUAAAUGGAAUCGUGCGGGGAGCUUGGGGCAGACAUGUUCGAUCCCGAAGCACAAAGAUAUCACCAAGUGGCGUCCCAUUUGCCCGACGCACUCUGAGUGUGGGGUGUCAGCCAGCAAGAAGAUUGCUCGAGCGAUUAACCAACUGCUGUGGGAGUUGCCGCGGGAGACGAACUUCAACCUGAGGAGCAUGGCGGAUUUGGUUUCGUCCCUGCGUGAGAUUAAUGGGGAGCUAAAGCAAGGUGAACGAUUUCUCGGCAUGGCGUUUGACAUCAAAGAGAUGUUUUGUAAUUUGCCACAUGAAUCUAUCCUGAGAGCCGUCCGGUGGGUCGUUGACUUCUGGGAAAUCCGAGGCUGCAAAGGCGUGCUGAUAAGGAGGAAGGGGAAGGGUGCGAAACUCCAGUUUGGGGAAUCCGCUAUUGGCUGGAGUUCGGUUUCUUUUGAGACCAUCUAUGCUUUUGUAGAGUUCGAUUUAGGGUGCACGCUCUUCAAAGCUUCUGGUCGAGUCCUGCAGCAGAGGGUAGGCAUUCUGAUGGGGAAGUCGUCUAGCCCGGCAUUGGCGUGUCUGUUGUGUUCCUUCAACGAAUUUUUGUUCCUGUCCUCUCUCGGCAGUGAUAGGAGAUUGGUGGGUGGUGUUCGAAUGGUGGACGACGUGUCAAUCAUGGCCAGAUACAAACAGGGUGAUUGCACAUCUAUGCGGGACGCAGAGUCUAUUCUGGUGGAAUUUGAAUCAUGCUAUGAUAGUAAUCUAAUCUUGGAGCGCACCAGCGAUGCUGACUGCUGGGAUUUUCUCGGCUGUAUUCUAAAGACUCUGGAGUGGCCUUGGGGUAUUCAGUGUGUUGCUUUGCACAAAAAUCAGCAAAGAUACAACGAGGACGGCUUGCGAUUCCAGAACCUGCAGGACUUCGAUUCGUUCUGCAGUCGGCAGCAGAAGAAGGCGGUGAUCGGCUCUUGCCUGCACAGAGCCAAGGCUCUCACAACAAUGCAGGGUACGGAGGUGGCUUUUCUAUUCACCUUAAAGGUUGAGCUCAGAAAGAGGAACUUCCCUGACGCAUAUUUUGAUGAUGUUCUACGCAAUUUCUCAGGGAAGUUUGGGGGAAUCUGGGCCGACUGGGUGCAUUGCUUGACGGGGUGGGAACAGCUAUCGAGAUUGGGAACAAGAAGGUACCCCAGCAGGGGGGUGCCUCACGUGAGAGGCAGGGGGGCUGUGGAAAUCUCGUAGGAAGCCCGGCAUGAUACUCGGCAUGUAGGAGUAUA